GAGGAUGAUAAGGAUGAAAAAGUGACAGUAAGUUGUGAAGAGGUAUGGAAUCGUGGAAGUUACGAAAAUAGAGGAGAAGACAAUUUUUCAGUUGCUCAUAUUAGAAUUGUCUACAAGGAUUAUCAUCUUCAAGAGUUAAUUUUAAAUCUACUUUAUUCAACCACCAAUGUUUUUUGCUAUUCAAUUGACAAAAAAGCUUCAGCAAUUUUCAAAGAGCAGAUGUACAAUCUGUCACAGUGUUUUCCCAAUAUUCACAUCGCAUCAGUGGAGUAUCAAGUUGAUAGUGCUGGCCACAAUAUGGACCGUGCUUUUCUCUCUUGUAUGUCAUUAAUUCGCAAGAUUCCACAUUGGCAGUAUGCGAUAACUAUGCAGAAUCAUGACAUGCCGAUAAAAACUAACGAAGAGAUGUUGGCUAUUUUGAAAGUAUUGAAUGGUAGUAAUAGCAUCGACCUUGUUCAACCAUUUUCCUCACGUAUACCAGAUGAUAGAGAUUGGUCGUUUAAAGCCCUUCAACUUUUUAAGAAUACGUCUGCAAACGACGAUAGAGUUUUACAAAUCACCAAGGGAAACGUAGGAUCUGUUCACUCAAGGCAAUUUGUAGAGUUUUUGAUUGACAAAAUUAAUUCCACUACGUUUUUGUCACGUUUUGAUAAAGUUAUUUAUGGAAAUGAUGAAUUAUAUUUUCCAACACUUAACGCAGACGAUAAUGUUGGUAAGUUCAAAAUGCAUGAAAAGAUAUUGGCUGUAAGCUCUUUUGCAUCUUGUUAUAGCCAUUUCUAUAGACAUAACACCUGUAUUUACGGUUAUAAAGAUUUAAAAGUUUUAAAAAACGAUCGUCAUUUAUUUGCCAAUAAAGUAUUACCGUCAGUUGACUACACUGGAAUUGUCUGUUGGGCCAAAUAUUUAGCUCAUCGAGCAACUAUCAAAAGCCAUGAACAGUCUAUACCACUUAAAAUUUAUGCUAAUAUGCCAGCGGUACGAUUCAAUAAAAAGAGGACUUUCUGGAAAAAAAAUUUAAGCAAAUUUAAUUGUGCCACCGGUAAUUAA